CAGAAAAACCUCAGUACGUACGGAAGAUCCUAUAUUCGCGGGCUUCCUCCUCCCUCGCGCUCUCCAUUCCGUUCCGUAGCUCGAUCUUUUCCUUCCGCAUUUCCGCAACAGUGCAUGCAUCUGCGCAUGAUCGAUCGAGGCUUUCCGCUCCGAUCGGCGCGUGCUUGCCGCAACAUCUCGUUGCGAUCUAAUCCGCAUCGCUCACGAUCUUCGUUUUUCUUUUCUCUCACGUGCCCGCGAUGCAUGAAUUCCUGAUGCGCACAUAAGGACAGAUCGAUCGGCCAUGUCGGUGGUGUCGACGUCGGAUCUCAGCUCGCUGGAGGCGAUGCUGAACUCGCUGAUGGGAAGGUCCGGAGGAGGAGAGGUAACGCAAAUGGACGACAACGACGAAGAUGGUGAGGAGGAGGAAGCCCUCGAGUCGCCACCGCCACCGCCGCCGUUGCCCGUGCGGCCGACCCUGAGAGGCCGUCUCCCGUCGCUGCCGAGGGUCCCUGGGGCCGCCGCCGCGCGGCCGUGGACCCCGCCGUCGCCACCGUCACCUCACAAGGGGGGCGAGGAAGACGCGGCGGAGGAGGUUUCAGCCUCGGUGGCGGAGCUGGAGAGGAAGGCGGCGGAGGCGGAGGCGCGGCUGCGGCAGAAAGAGGAGGAGAACGCGGCGCUGAGGCGGCGGAUCGAGAGCUACCACAUCAGGUGGCUGGAGUACGAGAUCAGGAUCAAGUCCCUCGAGGAGGAUUUCCACGAGCAGCUGGCGUCUCUGCAGAUGGCUCGGGACGCUGCGCGGAUGGCCCAAGAGUUACCCUACGUCGACCUCCAUGAAUUCGCCGAGCGUCGCAUGAUAAAGCUGCCGGGUGAGGAGGCACCGCCGAGGCUGCGGCAGGCGGGCAGCCGCCGUAGUGCGGACGGCGGCAGACGAAUUAGUGCUGUGGGCCGGCUCGGAGCGGAGUUCCAGCGGGGGAGCCAGGCGCUCGAGGAGGGCGUGGCGGCGCUGACCGUCGAGCAGAAGACGUGGCAGCCCGGCUUCCCGAGCGCGGACUCCCUCGGUGACCUGCGGAAACUCAAGGCGCAGUUCCGCGCGUGGAAGAAGGAUUACAAGGCCCGGCUGCGCAAGGCCAAGGCGGAGAUCGACAGGGACAGAAGGCGUCACAACAGCUGCUGGAUUUGAAGCCUUCGAAUUAAUUACUCCCUCUGUCUCGUAAUGUAAAAUGUAAGACGCUUUUUAACACUAAUGUAGUGUCAAAAAACAUCUGACAUUAUGAAACGGAGGAAGUAGAUAUGACGUUCAAAAAGAAUUAGGUUAGGUGGGCUAUGUAUGUUGUGUGAGGCAAAUGUUAGAAGUAUUGGAUUAAUCUGAUAUAUUUCAAAAAAUAUAUGUUUCAAAUCGUGGCACAAAUA